AUGUCUCGCCUCACCGCUAUCGCGCCCCAAAUCCCAAGCCGCGGCUUGCAGUCGCAAAGCGAUGAUGGGCGAUUCGGAGGCGCGACGAUCCGCCGUUAUUUUCCCGACAGACUGAUAGAUUUUGAUGAAAUUGAGGGCAAAUUUCGAUUGGUAGGUCCUAAGAUAUACAUGACUUUCAAACCGCGGUUUACAGAAACAUCCGAGAUUUUCGGGUCAGCGACAGUUCCGGCUCAACGGUAGUCGCGGCAAAAAGUCUUUGGAAUUUUUCGCGGCCUUCAAAUUCCGUCGCACUCCGAAAAACUGAUUUGUCGCUGCGAAAAAUGGGAAUCGCGCGCGACAAAAAAACAAAAACAACAAAAUUGCACUGUGCAAAAUCACUUUUUGGGCCGGAUGCACGGUGCAGUGUUUUUUUCGAGUUCAUGCACGGUGCAAAAUUCCAAGGAAUUUUUGCCGAGACUACUAUGGAUCGGUUCCUCAUUGCAUGCAUGGGGGAGGAUAGGAGAAGGCCCAGCUAGUAGAAAUAAAAAGAUUGAUCGGGUCCUAGGAUAGCUUAUCACAUAUUUUGAGUUUUUUUUACAUCACAUCAACAAUACCUGGACAAAAAUUAAGGAUCUUCGUUUUUUGCCCCAAAUUUUGGUCCUUUAUAUGUUGCAAUCACUCAGAGUAAAGAAAACUAACGUUAGUAAUGGCUAAAAUUAGAAAAAGUGGAUAUAUUGCAGGUCUCCGCCGAGCCUUCGCCAAGUCUCCGCCGACCAUCCAACGGCUUUGUCAGGCCUCGUAGGCACUUCCUACAACCUUUUUUUGGACAUCCAUCUGCCCUACACCCCGUAUCCAUUGAUUUUGUAUUGACCCGAACUGUCGUCGACUCGAAAAGUCGGGACGUGGAUAUAUUUUUUUGCCAAAAAUUUUUUUUGCAGGAAACUUCCGUUCUGUUUCAGAUUAAGUAUUCGCCAUGUUUCACCAAAAUCUGAACUUUGAGGACUUCCAUUUCUCAUCAUUUCCUUCAUUUUUCCUAUUUUUCUAAAACCCGGAUCCCAAUUUCUUAUUCCGUUUCCUCUGCCGGCCUCUCCAGCCUUCCAAACCCUCGUCUAUUUGUGUCUAGUGGAAGAAAGUGACAGGAAAUAAUAGAAAAACUCGGAGGGUCGGGCAAAAACAUGUAGAACAACAUGAGAAGACAGCUUUAAUUUAUUUUCUCGCCCCCAAAAAAUGUCAUUUACAGGCUUGGUCUGAUUUUGAUCACUUUUAAAUUUGUCGCUCUCCCCAAAAAUUUAUUUUUGUUAUUCCCGAAACGAGAGAUUCGUCCACAUUCCAGCUCAAAAUUUUGUUCCGAAUUGUGGAAGAAUACCGUGACGAGCUCUACUACGUGUUCGGCGUGGUGUGUUUGGGCUCUUGGUUCGCCUUCAACAUGUGGGUUUUGCGGGACUACUUCUUUCCCUGCUGGUUUCCGCCAAUCUACACACCGAGCGGCUUUUUGAAGGUUUGAUUACUGUAUAUGGGAAAAUAUGGAACUGGGACGAUUGGGGAAACCGAAGAGUAUUAUUUUCCUUCGAUGCAAGUGCCGAAAUUAUGAUAACCGAGGGUACUGAUUUCGAAAGUGACAUUCAUUUUUUUGAUAGUUACUUUUUUCCUUAAGCAGUACUGUAAAGUAGUAAUUUUUGGGAAUUUUUUUCAUGAAUACUCGAUUUGGGGGUUUUCGAUGGUGCCGCUUUCAAAUCAGAGAAAAUGAAAAAGAUUUUCGAAAUCAGCACCAUCGAAAACCCCUAAAUCGAGUAUUUAUGAAAAAAAUUCAAAAAAUUACUACUUUACAGUACUACAUAAGGAAAAAAGUAAGUAUAAAAAAAAUGAAUGUCAUUUUCGAAAUCAGCACCCUCGAUUAUCCUAAUUUCACACUUGCAUCGAAGAAAAAUAAUACUUUUCGGUUUCCCCAAUCAUACUUUUCUCCAAUCGUCCAACUCCGAAUACGGACAUACUUUUGUUUAAACCCAUUGUCAGAAUUUUACAAAUACUCAAACUCCAUUUUCAGGAAGAAUUAGAGCAAAGAAAGCAAGAAAUUUUAAUGAAAAAUCGCUUUCAAAACGCCCUGACCAUUCCCUCUACCCUGGUCAUAAUUCGACCGCCAAGUUCAGCCGGCCGCCUUUCCAGAUCCCAGCCAAACGUCUUUACAAUCAAUAUUGAGGGCGACGACGAAGAGCUUUUACCGGAACCUCAAGUUUUUGACUAUUAA